UGCGUUUAGGUAUCAAAACAUGGUACCGUUUGAUGUUACAUGAAUAGGUUCUCGAUAGUACCGACAGAAUUUGGUCUGUACUUAAAAGGUAUCAAAUUUGGUACCCAUCCCUACACACUACCUUUAUUGUAAGAUACAACACUGUGUUUACACCAAUGUAUCUUGUUGUCAAGCCAUCCACUGCUUUAAAUGUUUUAUUUUGGUUCAUGUUAUUCUCCAUUCGCUGUAAAUAGUUAUAUGCUUUUGAAUUGUCUAACCACCAGCAAAAGAAAUAAAAAGAAAAUUACAAAAAAAAAAAGGAAAGAAAGUGGGAUGAGAAGGAUGAAAAGAUUGAGGGAUGAAAAGGGGAUGGAUAAAAAGAAGGGAUGAGGGGACGGAAGAAGGAGUGAAGGGAUGGGGGAGGAGGAGGAGAGAUGGAGGUGGUGCGCAGAGGAGCCUAAGUGGGGCGAAAGGGGAGGGUGGGUGUUCAAAAUGGCGAGCCGAGGACAAACGCCAGGUGAGAUGAGUUUAUAUAGACGCUGGCUGAUUACACCGGUGGAGGAGGCGUGGUCCUGCUCCUGAACCUAAGUUAACAUUUUAACUUCAUUUUUAGUACAGCCUCAUACACAAUUAAUGAUUAUGAUCAUAUUAAAGCAAACAGAGCUCUAGUAUCAAAAUAGUAUCGGAAAAUAACCUAAUUCAAGAAUGUGAUCAGAAGUAAAAUAUGUGGGUGAUUCAUCCCUAGUUUGCAUUUUCUAUUAGGGCUGGGUUUAAAAAAAUCAAAAAAUCGAUUUGAAUCGAUUUUCCUUUGAAUGGCCCGAUAUUGAUUCAUAAAACCCUUAAUCGAUCCUGUUAAUAAUUCUUUCCCCCAUAAUGCUAUGCGACUUCUGGCGUGACGCGCCUACGUGAAUAGCGUAACAAAACAGCAUGGCAAAAAACCCUUAAUCGAUCCUGUUAAUAAUAAUUCUUUCCCCCAUAAUGCUAUGCGACUUCUGGCGUAACGCGCCUAUGUGAAUAGCGUAACAAAACAGCAUGGCCGAAGCGUUGCGAGCGCCGCCAACAAACUUGAAGGCAGAUGUCUGGAAAUAUUUUGGAUUUAAAAGUCACGAAGGCACAAACGACUUGGAUAAGAAGAACCAGCAAACGGUAUGCAAGAUUUGUUACAUUGAGGUGAAAUAUUGUGGAAACACGACGAAUCUCCAAGACCAUUUAACGAGACACCACCCAGAAACGCAAUAUGCUUCUGCCUCGAUGCAAAUGCAGCUUGAGAAGGCAUUUGGAUGCAAGUUACCCACAAACUCCCCGCGAGCCCAGAAAAUAACRAAAGCUCUCGCUACGUACAUCUGCAAGGACAUACGACCUUWUAGCGUAGUUGAAGACGACGGUUUCCGCGACCUGGUGAAGAUUCUGGAGCCACGCUAUGUUUUACCCACACGUAAACAGUUAAGUGAAGYAACAAUCCCAAACAUGUAUGCAGAUGUAAAACAUGGCGUUGCAACAUCACUUAAAUCAGCAGCACGUGUCGCGCUCACCUGUGAUUGUUGGACAUCCAGAGCAACRGAAUCAUACCUGACCAUUACUGCUCACUACAUUGACGAUGAGUGGAAUCUAAUGUGCUGUGUCCUGCAGACUAGAGCAGUUGUAAACAGCCACACUGCUAGUAAUUUACGAGAUCUAUUGUACGAAGCCAUAGGGGAAUGGGAUCUGACAGACAAAGAACCAGCCAUCGUAACAGACAAUGCUGCGAAUAUUGUCCGUGCAGUGGAAAUGAUGGGCUUGUUGCACGUGGGCUAUUUUGCACACAUUCUCAAUUUAGCUUCACAAGCAGCACUCAAAGUCCAAGCAGUGGCACGCCUGCUCAGUAGAGUGAGGCGCAUCACAUCGUUUUUUCAUCGUAGCACUACAGCAAGCCACAAGCUUAAAGAGAAGCAAAAGUUACUGGGCCUGCCUCUACAUAAGCUGGUGAUGGACGUGGUGACUCGCUGGAACAGCUCAGUGGAAAUGCUGGACCGUUUCUUAGAGCAGCAACCAGCAAUCUCAGCAGCUCUGCUGACACCUGAAGUACGCAGGAAUGAAAAGGAUCUCUGCACCCUGACAGAGGCUGACAUAACAGUUGCAGAAGAUGUUGUGAAAGCUCUGCAGCCACUGAAAGCAGCCACACUGGUCAUGUCUGAGGAAAGAUCCCCAACUCUAUCAGUCAUUGCACCUCUGCACGCACAGCUGCUGGACCAGAUGACCUGCACCCCCCACAACUCCACAGUGAUUAAAGAAGUCAAAACUUCUGCAUAUGACAACUUAAAUUC